CCCCCAUAUUAACCCUGACCCAAGCUUCCCUUGCAGCUUUAUAUCCAUACUGCAGAACACUCUGAUCAUUUUUAAGCAAAUAUGGAGCUGUGUAACUUUAUCCUAGGUUUGACUUUGUUAAAUUUUGAAUUUGUCUUCGGAGAUAAACAGGGCUGUCCCCAUAGGUGUGUAUGCCCAGUGAAUGACAUAUGCUCUGUGAAAGCAGAAAAAAUCCUGGAUACCUGUGGUUGCGGAUGCGAGGUGUGUGCCCAGGAAGAAGGUGCCAUAUGUGAUGGACUAAGACCAUGCAAUCCAAAUCAGAACCUUAGCUGUGAAUAUCCAGACUUGCAGGGGAAGCCAGGAGUGUGCAAAGAUGUCAGCAAAGACAGAGAGAUGGUUAUCAAACCAAUAACUUGCAAUAAGGAUCCAACAGAGUGGACACCAUGCUCCCGUUCCUGUGGGUUUGGGCAGUCAUUAAGAAUAAAGUAUGACAAGGAAAGUUGCACUUCCAGAGCAGAGAAGAGAUUGUGCAUGAUCAGACCCUGCAAAGGGGAGUAUUCCAUAGGAAACUACACGCUUCUGAAGAUCACCAAAAAUUGCAAUCGUGUCUUGCGCUGGUCAGAACCUCUCAAGCUGAAUCACCGUGGAUGUCACACACAGCGUCCUCUGCGUCCCAAAUUCUGUGGGUUAUGCUCUGAUGGGAGGAAGUGUUUUCCCUCAGAGACAGAGACACGCUCCGUGUCCUUCAAGUGCCCCCUUUCUUCUAAAGUGGUUACCCGUCAGUUUAUGUGGGUGGAGAAAUGCCAGUGCAGGGAUUUGGUAAAAGGUAAAAAAGGGAAAGGAGAAAAGAGACAUAAAAAGAAGAAGGAGAGUGAAAAUGAAGAAGAAAAAUUUAACGCUAUAGAAGAAAUGUGAAUAGAAAAGAAAACUGGAAGAAAAGGUUAAUGGGAGGGUUUGGGGGUGCAGACUGCAGGAAAGGCCAGGGAACAUUUUAAGGGGAGAUUACAGUACAAAAAGAAAUAAUUUUUUUCAUAGAUAAGAAUCAAACUGUGACCCUCCAGCUGUUGUGUGGGUUAUCUUUAGCUAAUACAUACUGGUAUAUUUAUGCACACAUUUUAACAAAUAUUUCAGUGCUCACUGAUCCUUCCACACAAAGGGUUAUUGUGCACUUCUUAGCUCAGUUACAGCCUUUUCACUUUUGCUAUUGCUGAUGACAAACCCUUCUGUGUUAAUAGAAAUGCAAUAAAGUGCUGUCAUAUGAUUUGAA